AUGUCGCGUGGUUGCUUACCUAGGUACGUCAUUUGUUUUUCGGCACGAUCGUCGAUAGGGCCAGUGCUAAAGUGAACCGUUUGCUGCAUAUUUGUUAAAAGUGUUUGCAGGAAUACAUCACCGCCUUGUCAACAGUUCUUGUUGGAAGCCGAAAUCUUUGAAAACUUUCGCAAUUCUCCCAACUGAUAUGACGAAUCCAGCUGUCGCUCAGGAUGGCGGUGCCACUGAGGCACCGGUGAAAACCGAAAAACAGCUUAAAAAAGAAGCAGAAAAAGCGGCCAAGCUGGCAAAGUUGCAAGAGAAGUUGAACAAAAAGCAACAGCAAGAGCAGCAGGCAGCUUCGAAACCUAAAGUGGAGAAAAAAGUGAAAGAAACCAAGGAAGUAGCGGUGUAUGCUGGCGCCACAAAGGAUGGAGAAAAGAAAGAUCUCUCCGGUCCAUUCCCGGACGCUUACAGCCCGCAGUAUGUGGAAGCAGCGUGGUACAGCUGGUGGGAGAAGGAAGGCUUUUUUAAGCCCGAGUAUGGGCGUAAGCUGAACAACCCGAAGGGACAGUUUGUGAUGGUUAUCCCACCACCGAACGUUACCGGCUCGCUGCAUCUUGGUCACGCGCUGACGAACGCGAUUGAGGAUGCAAUUACUCGCUGGCAUCGAAUGAAGGGCCGCACGACGCUGUGGGUGCCGGGCUGCGAUCACGCCGGAAUAGCAACGCAAGUCGUGGUGGAGAAGAAGCUUUGGCGCGAACACAAGCAAACCCGACACGACCUGGGACGUGAGAAAUUCAUCGACAAGAUUUGGCAAUGGCGCAACGAGAAAGGGGACCGCAUCUAUCAUCAGCUUAAAAAGCUGGGCUCGUCCUUCGAUUGGGACCGCGCGUGCUUCACGAUGGACCCGAAACUGUGCAAAGCCGUCACGGAAGCGUUUGUGCGAAUGCACGAGAUGGGCAUGAUUUACCGGAGCAGUCGUUUGGUGAAUUGGUCCUGCACGCUACGCUCCGCCAUCUCCGACAUCGAGGUGGACAAGGUGGAAGUGACCGGGCGCACGCAGCUAUCAAUUCCUGGGUAUGCGGAAAAGGUGGAAUUCGGUGUGCUUGUGUCCUUUGCCUACAAAGUCGUCGGUAGCGACAGUGAUGAGAUUGUGGUGGCAACGACGCGUGUUGAAACUAUGCUCGGGGAUACGGCUGUGGCAGUCCACCCGAAGGACGCACGGUACCAACAUCUUCACGGAAAGUUCGUCCAGCAUCCCUUCUGCGAUCGGCAGCUCCCGAUCGUGUGUGACGAGUUUGUGGAAAUGACGUUCGGAACGGGCGCCGUGAAAAUUACGCCCGCGCACGAUCCGAACGAUUACGACGUUGGCAAACGGCACAACCUGCCGUUCAUUACGAUCUUCUCUGACGAUGGUAUUAUUGUGGGCGAUUACGGAACCUUCACCGGCAUGAAGCGCUUUGACGCGCGUAAAGCCAUCCUGGCUGCACUGCAGGAGAAGGGCCUGUAUCGGGACACGAAGGACAAUCCAAUGGUGGUGCCUGUUUGCUCGCGAUCAAAGGACAUUGUGGAACCGUUGAUCAAACCGCAGUGGUACGUAAAGUGUAGCGAGAUGGCGGCCAAGGCGACGGAUGCGGUGCGUUCCGGGGAGCUCGCGAUCACGCCGGACGUGCACAAAAAAACCUGGUACCACUGGAUGGACGAAAUCCGCGAUUGGUGCGUAUCACGACAGCUUUGGUGGGGCCAUCGCAUCCCGGCAUAUCAGGUAGUGUUCAAGGAUCCGUCCAAAGCACCGAAAAAUGUAAGCGACGAAAAUCUUUGGUUCGUCGGGCGCACGGAAGCGGAAGCACUCGCGAAGGCGGUGGCCGCGCUGAAGGUUGAUAAGGCGCUCAUUAGUAUGAAGCAGGACGAGGAUGUACUGGAUACGUGGUUCAGUUCGGGCUUGUUCCCGUUUUCCGUGUUCGGCUGGCCGGACAAUACGGACGACCUGAAGCUGUUCUAUCCGACCACACUGCUGGAGACUGGACAUGACAUUCUGUUCUUCUGGGUUGCGCGUAUGGUGUUCUUCGGGCAAACGCUGCUAGGAAAGCUGCCGUUCAAGGAGGUAUUCCUGCACCCGAUGGUACGCGACGCCCACGGUCGCAAGAUGUCCAAAUCGCUGGGUAACGUGAUCGAUCCCAUGGACGUGAUAGCAGGCAUAUCGCUGGAAGGGUUACACAAGCAGCUGUACGAUUCCAACCUGGAUCCGAGGGAAAUCGAAAAAGCGAAGGCCGGCCAGAAGCAAGAUUAUCCGAACGGAAUUCCAGAAUGCGGAACGGAUGCGUUGCGCUUUGCACUCUGCGCUUACAUGACCCAAGCGAGAGAUAUCAAUCUGGACAUUCAGCGUGUGCAAGGCUACCGUUUCUUCUGCAACAAGCUGUGGAACGCCACCAAGUUUGCGCUGAUGUAUUUCCCUGGCACGGAGAAGUAUGACAUCAUUACGUCGCUGGACGGUUCCGAGAGCAAUAUCGACCGCUGGAUUCUUUCGCGGUUGGCCGGGUGCAUUGAAAUUUCGAACCGUGGGUUCGAAAAGUAUGAGUUCGCACUGGCCACAAACGCAUGCUACAACUUCUGGCUCUACGAUCUGUGCGACGUGUAUUUGGAGUGCCUGAAAUCCGUCUUCCAGACGAACGAUGAACCAACCAAAGCGGCGGCACGCCGAACGCUUUACACGUGUCUCAAUUUGGGUCUAAAGUUACUAUCGCCCUUCAUGCCGUUCAUUACCGAGGAACUGUAUCAACGACUGCCGCGCGGAGACAUCGGAACCGUGGCCAGCAUUUGCGUCGCAUCCUACCCCGAACAGAGCACCAGCCCCUGGAAGGAUGAAGCUGUCGAGAAGGGAUUCGAAUUUGUGCAGAAAACUGCACGCGACAUUCGGUCGGCCCGUAGCGACUACAACAUACCGAACAAAACCAAAACCGAGGCGUACUUCAUAUGCAGCGACGAAGGCGUACGCAGCGCCCUGGAACGGUUCAGCCUCGAGCUGGAAACGAUGGCAUUUUCGCAGGUACACUUUGGCACCGUACCACCGGCCGGGUGUGCGAUCCUUACCAUCUCCGGCCAGUGCGUAGUGCACCUGAUGCUGAAGGGUCUGAUCGAGGUCGACAAGGAGAUAGAGAAAAUGACGAAAAAGCAGGAAACUCUUGUGCAAACGAUCGCAAAGCUGCAGCAAGCGAUGACCGUCCCGAACUAUGCCAGCAAAGUGCCGGAAGACGUUCGCAAAGCAAACGCGGAAAAGUUGGACCAAUCGAAGGUGGAAAUUGAACGACUGGCUUCCGCGAUCGAUACGCUGAAAUUGAUGUAAUCAAUUGGCCGAAACAAAUUCUUAAUACGCACCACCACCACACAUGGAUUAGAAGCGGUGUUCGGUUUCAACAUUACAAUAUCCUUGCUGCAUAAUCAUUCGUUUAAGGGGUUAAUUUAUCGCGUGAGCGUUAUUAUUCUCGCAUGGCAAUAAACGUUGACAUCAUUACAGUUUA